CGUAUCGCGCCUGGGGAGCCCGCGUGGCCGUGGCGCAAGUAGAAACUGCGGUCGCGCAUCCUAAGUGUCAAAUUUGAACCACGACGGAAGCGGAAGAGCUUCAAUAGAGUCGGGUCAACCUUAUCCCUGAACCCGGAGACCGGAAACCAAGAAAGCGGCGAACUUGGCGAGAUUUGAACCUCGCGGCUUUCCGUCUGGUCCCGGCAUCUCUUCGUUCCCGCGCUUUCUAGCGUGUCCGAGAGCUUCACGCAGGCGCAAGAGCAGAGGCCUUGACCAUGGCCACAAGUGGGGGCGAGGCGUCCGAUAUUGAUGAAGCCUGCCGGUGCCUAGAACCCAAAGAAGAAUUUGUGAAAGUUAGAAGGAAGGACCUGGAACAGCUGACGACUGAAGUGAUGCAAAUGCGGGACUUCUUACCCAGACUACUAAACGCGGAAUUAACCGAAAGUUUGCAGAGCUUGAAGAGUGUAGAAAAAAACCUGGAAAGGCGAGAACAAGAAUUAGAACAGCUGAGAUUGGACUAUGAACACUUCAAAGCCCAGCUAGAAACUGUCCAGACAGACAGCAGGAGGGAGAAGAAGGAGAAGUUGGCUCUUCGACAGCAGCUGAAUGAGGCGAAACAGCAGCUCCUCCAGCAGGCAGAGUACUGUACACAAAUGGGAGCAGUUACCUGUACGCUCCUCUGGGGAGUCUCCAGCAGUGAGGAAGUCGUCAAAGCCAUUCUGGGAGGAGACAAAGCAUUGAAGUUUUUCAACAUCACUGGUCAGACAAUAGAGAGUUUCGUGAAGUCAUUGGAUGGGGACGUCAGGGAGGUUGAUUCUGAUGAGAAUCAGUUUGUAUUUGCACUGGCUGGAAUUGUAACAAAUGUUGCUGCCAUUGCAUGUGGUCGUGAAUUCUUGGUGAAUUCCAGUCGGGUGCUCUUGGACACCAUGUUGCAGCUGCUGGGGGACUUAAAGCCUGGCCAGUGCACCAAACUCAAAGUUCUAAUGCUGAUGUCCCUGUACAAUGUGAGUAUCAAUUCAAAAGGCUUGAAAUACAUCAGUGAGAGUCCUGGAUUUAUCUCUUUGCUGCAGUGGCUUUUGAAUGAUCCAGAUGCAGAAGUGUGCCUUCAUGCCUUGCGACUUAUCCAGUCUGUGGUUCUAGAACCAGAGGUCUUCUCCAAGUUGGCUCUGGAACUCCGAAGCUCCUUACCCCUACAGCGCAUCCUGGCCAUGUCCAAGAGCCGCAACUCCCACCUGCAGACUGCUGCCCGGGAGCUCCUGGAAGACCUCCGUGCCCUGGACUGCAGUGUUUAAAUGCACUUGACCAACAAGGGCUUGGUGAAAAUGCCAGUGGCCCUUUCCCUCCCCAGGCCCUUUACCGUUGUGUUCACAACUAGAUGGCACUGUGUCAUGUGUUAGCCAUCGAAGGCCUUGACUGACUUAGAUGCACAUGAUGGGUAAGGUAAGCAUCGUGCAUUUCCAUCCUAGGAGGCCACACUUGUUAGAUACUUGGUUAUGGUUAAUCUUGCCAGAGCAGUAACCAAAAAAGGUUGUAUUCUCCAGUAAGAAGUCCUCUCUGAACACAUGGAAACUCUUCCAGAGCUUUCUCAGAGUAGCUUCUUGCUGUCCUAGAGGCUGCCCACACCAAUAGGGUCACUCUAAAGAUGGGACCAUGUGAUCAGUGUUUCCCAGAAGCAUUUCAGUAAUAGCUCAUCCUCUUUUUCUAGUCACCGUAGCCCCUACUACACAGGCUUACUUUUGUAACCUUUGGAUGAACCUGUUAUUUUACAUGACACUGGACAUUUGAACUCUGUUUUGGUGCUGCUUUUAUUUUUGAAUAAAGUUGAGUCAAUAUUAGCUAUUACAUUGUAAAAUACAAUCUUGCAUUUAGAA